CUUGUAAGGUGGGUCACAAAUACAAUACAGCCCGACCCAACACGUUCAAACCUGUUCUCCCUCACUCGCCUCCGAUUCCCAACCGAUCCGUAAAUUGCAAAAGAUAUUCAUAAUUGCCGCCUGUAAAUGGAAUAUUCCGGUCGCCGGAGAAAGCACAGGGAUCCAUGGCGGUUAAUCUGCCGGAGCACCGUCUCCUUCGUCUGCGUUUGCUUAGCACAGUUUGCUCUCUUCCUAUUAUCUUCCUUCUUCAACUCCUCCAACAUCAUAACACUCCUUUUUCUCUCAGUUAUUGUAUUGUUAGGGUUGACGGUUAUAGGGAGAAGAUGUAAGAGGUUGUUUGGACUGCGUGGCUCAGCUCCAGCUUUUGUGUUUACGAAUAUCGUUUUCAUGUGGUGUGUGUACUUAGUUGCGAUUCGACAAGCCAUCUCGUUUCCAUUGGACAUCCUCUUUCACGCAGAGCUCAUUAUUCUCCUAAUCGGCCUAUAUAGGAUCAUCUCAGGCGAUCCCGGUUUUGUUGAUUAUGCACCUAUCUCCAACACUGAAACGUUUCUAGAGGGAUCGGAGCUUCCAAUUUCUAACAUUUACGAGGGAUCCCCAUCUGUUGAGAGCUCACUUUUACUUCAAAGGGUAAGAUAUUGCAAGUACUGUCAUGCGCAUGUUAAGGGAUUUGACCACCAUUGUCCUGCUUUUGGGAAUUGUAUAGGUCAAAACAAUCAUUUCCUUUUCAUGAUUCUCCUAGCCGGAUUCAUAAUAGCCGAGUCGUGUUACAUUUUGAGUGCAUCUCAAAUCACAACAGCAUCCCGAACACUUGAUAGUGAUGGACAGAAGCAGGUUGUUUGGACCGUAGCAUUAGCUACUAGCACGAUGGUAUUUUCCAUUCUCCAAGUACUUUGGCAGGCGGCAUUUCUGGCAUGGCAUAUCUACUGUGUGUGUUUUAAUAUCAGAACAGAUGAGUGGAUGCACUGGAAGAAAUAUCCAGAGUUCCAGCAUAUUACACACUCUCAACUAGGAGAAACAGGAACAACACGGUAUAGAAAUCCCUAUGACAAAGGAAUCUGGCAGAAUUUGAAGGAGUUCAUAGAAGCCAAAGGAUAAGAUCACUUGCUUACAAAUCAAAAUUAUCGUAUUAUACGUUUCCCUUUUUAAAAUUAAGAAGGUUUACCUACAUUGGUUUUGUAGUUAGUUUUAUUAAGGGUAUAUUAAAUAACUAGACUGUGAAAUAGCUUAGUUAAUUUAUUUGUAAAUAUAUUUGUACAAUAAUUUUGUUAUGAGAAAACGUAUCAUAAGGUA